CUGGACUUGCCACUGUCCCGCCUUCCUGCCGCCCGCCCCGCUGGCCGGUCCCCACGCCCACACGCCGGCCUGGGGCUGCCUCAUCUGGCACUGAUUAUCCCGCCGCUGCUGUUGCCUCCGCUGCCGCGCCGCCACCUCCUCCUCCUCCGCCAAGCUCAGCUGCUGCCUGCUCGUCUGAGGACCCCAGCACUAUUCCCCUCCCCCCAACAUGUUGCCUGCUGCCACAGUCUCAUUCCUGGGGCCCCUCCUCACAGCCUGGGCCCUGCUUCCUCUCACCCGGGGCCAGACCCCCAACUACACCAGACCUGUAUUCCUGUGCGGAGGCGAUGUGACAGGGGACUCAGGUUACGUGGCAAGCGAGGGUUUCCCCAAUCUCUACCCCCCCAAUAAAGAAUGCAUCUGGACAAUCACGGUCCCCGAGGGUCAGACUGUGUCCCUCUCCUUCCGAGUCUUUGACCUGGAGCUACACCCCUCCUGCCGCUACGAUGCCCUGGAGAUCUUUGCGGGGGCUGGGACCUCAGGCCAGCGGCUUGGGCGCUUCUGUGGGACCUUCCGGCCUGCCCCUGUAAUCGCCCCGGGCAACCAGGUGACCCUGAGGAUGACGGCAGAUGAGGGCACGGGAGGACGAGGCUUCCUGCUCUGGUACAGCGGGCGGGCCACCUCGGGCACUGGCCCCCCCCCAGGCGCGAGGCGGAAAUGGGUCACCGACCCGCGGGUGGAAUGGGCGGCCUGGGGUUACUGGGACGAGCACCAGGUUUGCGGGGGGCGCAUGGAGAAGGCGCAGGGAACUUUGACCACGCCCAACUGGCCCGAGUCCGAUUACCCCCCGGGCGUCAGCUGUUCCUGGCACAUCAUUGCACCCCCUGAUCAGGUCAUCGCGCUGACCUUUGGGAAGUUUGACCUGGAGCCGGACACCUACUGUCGCUAUGACUCGGUCAGCAUCUUCAACGGAGCCGUGAGUGAUGAUGCCAAGAGGCUGGGGAAGUUCUGCGGCGACAUGACCCCGGGCCCCAUCUUCUCUGAGGGAAACGAGCUCCUGGUCCAGUUCGUCUCAGAUCUCAGUGUCACCGCCGACGGCUUCUCAGCCUUCUACAAGAUCCAAUCCAGGGGCGCGGCAUCACCAGGGCCGGCCCAGGGCCCAGGAGCGGAUGCACGACCGGGUACCCACCUCGACCACCAGGGCCCUAAGACGGGAACUGGACCCAAAGUCAAGCCACCCCCCAAACCCCGUGUCCAACCUACAGAGAAGCCUGAGACCCCACUCCAGACCAAGGCCACUGCCACUGGCCCUGGUGCCCCCUGCCCCAAGCAGUGCCAGCGGACAGGCACCCUGCAGGGCAACUUCUGCACCAGCAGCCUGGUUGUGACGGGAACAGUCAAGUCCAUCGUUCGGGGCCCAGGUGAAGGUCUCACCGUCACAGUCAGUCUCAUGAACGUUUAUAAAACCGGUGGCCUGGACCUGCCCUCUCCGCCCACGGAUACCUCCCUCAAGUUUUACGUGCCCUGCAAGCAAUGCCGUCCCCUGAAGAGAGGAGCCAGCUACCUGCUAAUGGGUCAGGUGGACGAGAACAAUGGACCCGUCCUUCCUCCAGACAGCUUCGUGGUCCUUUACCGCCCUACUCAAGACCAGAUACUCACCAACCUGAGCAAGAGGAAGUGCCCCUCCUAACCCACCCAAUCCCAGGUCUGAAACUCUGGGGGCCAGCUCCAAGGACACCUGGCCCUAAGGCAUGUGGUGUUUCUGAUCUGAAUAAAUGGUUCUUAACUGGAAAAAAAUGUUUUGUC